AUGCCUGAACCAAUCCGCGUCUUGGUUACUGGUGCCGCAGGUCAGAUUGCCUACUCGGUGCUGCUCUCUAUAGCCAAGGGCGAUGUCUUCGGCAAGGAUCAGCCUCUUAUUCUCCUUCUGUUGGACAUAACACCCAUGAUGACAGCGUUGCAGGGAGUUGUAAUGGAGCUGGAGGACUGUGCCACAGCGCCGCUGAAAGAAGUCAUUGCAACUGACCAGGAGGAAGUGGCUUUUAAGGACCUUGAUGUUGCAAUCCUGGUUGGCUCUAUGCCAAGAAGAGAGGGAAUGGAGAGGAAAGACCUACUGAAAGCAAAUGUGAAAAUCUUCAAAUCACAGGGUGCUGCUUUGGACAAGUAUGCCAAGAAGAGCGUGAAGGUUAUUGUUGUUGGAAAUCCAGCCAACACAAACUGCCUGACUGCCUCCAGGUCUGCUCCAUCGAUCCCUAAAUCUAACUUCAGCUGUUUGACUCGCCUGGAUCACAACAGAGCCAAAGCCCAGAUUGCACAGAAGCUCAAGUUGGGAUGUAAUGAUGUGAAGAAUGUAAUCAUCUGGGGCAAUCACUCCUCCACACAGUAUCCAGACGUCACCCAUGCAAAGGUGAAGGUGCAUGGAAAGGAACUGGGAGUCUAUGAAGCCAUUAAGGAUGAUUGCUAU